UCUGGGGUCGGAAAACACCGCCGCUGCUUCUUCGGCACUCAGAGGAAUGACAGCUAACACAAAAAACUUAUUCAGCUAACUGAUCGUGAGCUUUUCCUGUUUUUUUUUUCUCCUCCGGUUUUUAUUGGAUGAGUGCCUGUAAAUUAUUUCUACGCUUUUUAGUUUGAACAGUAACCAUGACUGGAGUUUUCGACAGUCUCAGCACAGAUAUGCAUUCCAACCAGAUUACCUCGAGCAGUUACCACAGCUUGCACAAAUCCCAGGAAUCCCCUACUUUACCAGUGUCCACGGCCACAGACAGCAGCUACUACACGAACCAGCAGGCUGGACACUGCGCAGGCUCGCCCUACGGACAGCUCGGCGCCUACCAGUACCACAGCAACGGCAUGACCGGCGUGCAGUACGGCAACAAGUCAUACGACCUGGGAUUCAACAGCUCUUUCAGCCCGUACGGCACCUACGGCUCGAGCACUUCACCCACUCCGGCAGACACAGAAAAGGAGGAGAGUGAGCCUGAAAUCCGGAUGGUGAACGGGAAGCCAAAGAAAGUGAGAAAACCCCGAACGAUCUACUCGAGUUUCCAGCUCGCCGCGCUGCAGAGGCGCUUCCAGAAGACGCAGUAUCUGGCGCUGCCGGAGAGAGCCGAGCUGGCCGCCUCGCUGGGACUCACCCAGACCCAGGUGAAAAUCUGGUUUCAGAAUCGUCGCUCCAAGUUCAAGAAGUUGUGGAAGAACGGAGAGAUUCCGCCCGAGCAGCACGUGGCCUCCAGCGAGUCUCCCCCCUGCCACUCUCCACCCGUCAGCAGCGCCUGGGACUUUCCGCACAGCCAGAGGAUGAACGGAGUGCCUCCGGCUCUGGCGCAGAGCAGCGGCUCGCCCAGCACCACGGCGCCUUCAUUCCUCCCCAACUACACCUGGUACUCCAGCACAGCCUCGGCCACGCACCUACAGCCCAGCGCACUGGCAGCGCACCACCAGAACACAGCCGUGAGCGCCGGGACCAUAUUUUAACAAAACAAAACAAACAAACAAACAGAAAUGAACACUGACUAUUUUUUUUCCAACUGGAAAAAUUCAUUUUGCAAGACUGAAAGCUUCAUGUGACUCACACAGGCCUCGAUUUCCGAGAGAUGCCGCGACUGCUUAAACCGGCGAACCAUUGCGUAUAAAUACUGUGUUUUUUCUUCUUUUC